CCUCGGUGCAUGGUCGCGGCGGGAGCGGAGGAGGGUGAGCCCGGCGGGGCGCGGGCCGGAGGCGGCGGUGAGAGCGGAGCCCCAGCGCGGAGGAGCCGCCUCUGCCCGGCAGAGGUAUUGCCAGGCAUCUGAAGUGGUUGACUAAGACCUAAGGAUUUGGAACAGUGGUGUGUGAUGUCAAACAGUGGGCAGUCCUUGUAGCCUCCCCCACCAGCCUUCAGUGUCAUGUGCCAGUAUGAAUAUUAAGAAAGAGAAGCAUACUUCAGAGCUCAGCAUCCCGGAAAGAAAAAAGAAGGAACUAAGCAGAGAGAGCAAAUGAUUGUACUGCUUGCAAAACUUGAGACUGUUCACUUUUUCUCCUGAGAAGCUUCAUCUUGGCCUUUGUGGUAGAGUCAAGAAAGCAGGCAGAGCAGCCACAGUGAUUUUCUUUUUCCCUUUUUAAUUUUUUUUCUCCCUUGUGUCUGGAUUUUAAGUGUGCUGCACUGAUCACAAGCACUGGACAUCAAUAUGUGUCAUGUCAUUGUAACGUGUCGGUCGAUGCUAUGGACUCUCCUGAGUAUUGUGGUGGCUUUUGCAGAGCUCAUUGCCUUCAUGAGUGCAGAUUGGCUGAUUGGCAAGGCAAAGCCUUCAAGCUCCGAGGAGGUGGACAACAGAACGGGGGGAUCGCAGGAGCCCUACCGACCAACGCUGGGCAUCUAUGGGCGCUGCACCAGGAUUUCCCACAUGCAGUUCUCUAGACGAGACACACUUUGUGGUCCUUACGCUGAAAACUUCAGUGAGAUUGCCAGUGGGUUCUGGCAGGCAACCGCUAUUUUCCUAGCCAUGGGAAUCAUGAUUCUCUGCACUGUGGCAUUUGUGUCUGUCUUUACUAUGUGUGUGCAGAGCAUUAUGAAGAAAAGCAUUUUUAACGUCUGUGGGCUGCUACAAGGGAUUGCAGGGCUCUUCCUUAUCUUAGGCUUGAUACUUUACCCUGCAGGUUGGGGAUGCCAGAAGGCGAUAAGCUAUUGUGGACCUUAUGCUUCUGCUUACAAACUAGGAGACUGCUCCUUGGGCUGGGCUUUCUACACAGCUAUCGGCGGCACUGUUCUGACGUUCAUCUGUGCGGUCUUCUCGGCACAAGCUGAAAUAGCCACAUCCAGUGACAAAGUGCAAGAAGAAAUAGAAGAAGGAAAAAACCUUAUCUGCCUCCUUUAACUCCAGUGGGGGAAAAUAACACCACCAUUGACUGGACAAGCAGAUCCAUUUACCUGUUUUUACCAUUUGUGUGAUUGAGCCCCAUGCAUUCCAGCCGUGAACUACUGAAAGGGUCUUUAUU